AUGCCAGCUGGUUACCAGUGUACGAACUGGAGCAGGACAAGGUGGACCUCAUAGAGGCCUUUGACAACACUGCAGCUGUGUCUGAGCAGGAGAAGGUUGAAUUCCUUCGGAGCAUUUGCCUCCUGCUCUACACCGCCAGGCGCCGCGGCUUGAAACAGGGCCUGGAUACCUUCUGCAAGAACAACCAGCUCGUGCAGACCAUCCAGGCAAUACUCCAAGAGCAGCCCGUCACCGAGGUACACACGGAUGUGUGGCAUCUCGCCAUGGAAGCCAUCGUGGAACUGAGCUCAGUGCAGCCAGGGCUUGAGGACCUGGGGACAAGCUUCGCAGAGAUCUGUUGCAUGAGCAUCUUCUUCCUGCCUCCAGAAGAGGAGUUCUCGGAGGUGGAGACCUUCUACUAUGAACAUGCACUGGAAGCCAUGGAUGGCAUGUUCAAGAGCCUGGUCGUCAACUCUGCAGACCCCGAGGCCGGCGAGGAGUUGAAGAGCAUCCUGCAGCUCCUGCUGUGCUUCAGCUGCAACCCCAGCAGCACUGUGAGGAACCGGGCCCUGGGCAGGAUCAAGGCCCUGAGCCGGGUCCUGCGACUGCGCCACUACACGCUGAAGAAGCCGUUCCUGGCCCAGGGAAGCCACUUCAGCCGCCUGGACCCAGAGCAGCUCCUGGGCCAGCUCCUGGGCCAGUUCCUCCUGUUCCGGUUCAGCGAGGACGGGACCAGCAACACGGCCCUGGAUGUGCUCCGGAACAUCUACAAGUACCUGAUGCAUCACAGAGAACGGCGAAAGCAGAAGCAAGUGGAAGAGCGCAGAUUGGAAUUAGACGCAAGCCCCGAGUACUCACUAUGGUAA